UUGGAAUCAGGAUGAUACUGGCUUCAUAGAAUGAGUUAGCGAUGAGUCCUUCCUCCUCAAAUUUUUGGAAGUUUCAGUAGGAAUAGUUCAGCAGGAACCUCUUCUUUAUACAUCCAGUAGAACUCGGCUGUGAAUCCACCUGGUCCUGGGCCUUUUCUGGUUUGUCCAGGUAACUUGCAUUGGCCAACAGAAUCAGAGCAAAUACAACGUACACCUUAUCUGAAUAAAGGAUGCUACUACAUGGUUCAGCUUACAAGAAGCUAUUCUGUGGUCUCAGCUUCCAGAAUGAGAAAACACUUGGAGAGGAGCCAAGCAGAGUUGCAGUCAACUCCAAGGUGACCCUAAGCACAUGUGUAAUGUGAGUGAGAAAUACAUGUUUGUUGUUGUAAGCCACUUGGAUUUUGGGGUUGUUGGUGGUACAGUGUAAUCCAGUUAUAAUGUGACUUAUUCCAGGGAGAGAGCUAUAGUUUUAGGAAUAUGGUUUGCUUUCUAAUUAUGAGCUUAGAUUGUAAAGACUCUGAGAAUCAAUGAUCAUUAUUUCAGGGAGUAUGUGUGCAUGUAUACCUGUCUACGUGCAUGUGCUGGUUAGGUCCAAUAAUUAAUUUGUGGAGAACUUAAAAUUCCCUUAUCCUUCCCUUAUGCUUUGUCAUUCCCCUUUCCCUUUUCUUACUAAAUAAUUUGAUUCUAAAUAAAGCAGUAGCAAGAUAGGUGUCUAUGGUGAGGUGGCUGGGAGAGCAGCAGUGGCCUGGCACAGGGUGAGAGCUUUAGCAGGGUGAGAAGGGUGACUAUGCAGGGUGUUGGCUUGACAGCAGUUCUGGAGCCCAAGCAGAGUGAGAAGAACAUCCCGUGGGGGUGGGAAAGUAUCCUGGCAUGCAGAACCAGAGCGAGGAGAUGUCCACUCCUGGCAAUGGCCCAGUGCAGGGUGUCAGAGGAUAAGAUUGAGGAGGGUAUCCAUAGCAGGGGUAGCCUGAUGUGAGAGGUCAGAGUCUGAGAGGUAAAGAAGGCAUCUAUGUAGUGGGAUAGUCAGGUGCAGUGAGUUGGAGUGCAAGCAGGGUGAGGAGGGCAUCCAUGUAUGAGAUUACCUUCUAUAGGGAGUCAGAGUCGCAAAUGGCUGAGCAGACUACUCUAGGGCCAGCCUGGUGUGUAUGUCAGCAUGUGGGAGAGGUGAGGAGGACACCCAUGCCUAGUGUUGGCUCAGUUGGGGCUGGGACUCAGCACUUAAGCAGGAUGAGGAGAGAGAGCAUCCUUGCAGAGGGUAGACCUGGUGUGGGUUUCAGAGACCAAGCAUGAUAAGGAGGGUGUCCAUGUGGUGGGGUAGCCCAGUGAGGGAACUCAGAUUCUAAGUAGGGUAAGAUGGACAAUAUUGCUGGGGGAUGGAGGACCUGCAUGGAGUGUCAGAGCCCAAGCAGGAUGAAGAAAGCUUCUAUGCAGAGGGUAGACUUGGUGUGGGUGUCAGAAACUUAGCAGGAUAAGGAAGUGGUCCAUGUGGUAGGAUAGCUCAGUGAGGAAGUCAGACCCCUCCAGGGUGAGGAGGGCUUCCACCUAUAGGGUGACCUUGUGUGGAGCAUUAGAACCUAAGGGGGUCUAAGUGGUGACUAGGGGACCAGCAUCAGGAAUCAGAGUGCAAGCAGAGUGAGGAGGGCUUUCCUGCAGAGGAAUGGCCUAGCACAGGGAGUCAGAGCCUUGGCAGGGUGAGGGGGAUGUUUGUGGGGGGAUGUUCAUGGGGGUGGGGAGUGGGCUGGCCCUUUGCCGGCACUCUCAGAGUAAGGAGGGAGGGCAUCAGUGCAGGGGCUGGUGGCUUGGACUGGGGAGUCAGAGCCCAACUAGGAAGAGAGGGACAUCUUAGCAGCUGGGAGACUGACGACAUGCAGGCGAUUGAUCAAAUAAGGAAUAAGUGAAAGACGAUGAAAGCAGGUUUCUUACUGUCACAGAAAGGAGUUAGGAAUGUGGGAAGGGAGAAAACUAGAAUGAAACCUGUGGUGUUAGAUUGGAAUUAGAGGAGUUAGUGUGAACUCAUGGUGUUCAAUAGAUUUAGAUAGAGAAAUAAUAUAGAAAUAUAGAGGGGUGUGUGUGUGUGUGCGCAUGCAUGUAUGCACGUGUGUUAUGCAGGAGAAGGAAUCAGCUGGGGGAAAUUAAAAGGAGGAUCAUUUGAGGAGACUUGAGGGCAGAGAAUCCAGGUGUGAGCUGGGAGCAUGUCUAUGGAGAGAUUCCACAUGAAGGGUUUAAUAUUUGGAGUGUUUUCUUCUAGGCCUUUGGAAAAAGUCAUAUUUAGUACUUUGUUUAAGUUUUUCCCCUUCUAUACUGUGAUUCUAUUUAAUUAUCCUAACUGUUAAAAAAUAGUCAUAUAUAUUGGAGGUGGUGUGGGGAUUAAAAGGUUAGGGAAGCACGGAAUAAAGGCUGGCCUUCCCUCUCCUCCAACAUCCAAUAAAGGGAGCUGCUUUCUGGAGAUUCUAGCAAGAUGAAUGCAGACUUUUGAUAGAGUUAGUUAACAACAAGGAAACACAGAAAGCAUGGAGGCGCAGCUUCAGAAGGCAUGGGGUUUAAACUUUGCCAUCCCCACCGUGCUAGAGGAAACUGAUUCUUGAAGGUGGGGAGGCUGAUAUGUGAGUUUUGUGUCAAUGAUACUCUUCGAAUGUGGUACUAACAAGUUGCCUGCUCAGUCAAAAGUGAUGAGAUGAAUGCAACAUAAGUCUUUGUUCAGGUUGUUUGGUCAAAAGUAAUUACAUUUGUGUGUGGAAGCACACAAAUUGUAUGUUCUGCUGGUGAAGAACACGGUUUUCCAGAAAGACUCUAAUUGCUUGGUUCUUCUUUUUUUUUUUUCUUCCUCUUUCCACAACCCUUUGAGUUCCCACUUUUAUUACAUUUGCUUGCAUUUGUUUCAAGGCUGUGAUUCUCACUGUACUGGUCCUGAGGAAAGGGCUUCUGUGAACUGCGGCUUUUAGUUUUUGUUGUGGUUCUUAGUUCUCAUGAGACCUCUCCUGAGGAUUUGUGCCUAUCUGGUGCCUCUGCUCUCCACUAGUUGAGUGAAAGGAAGGAGGUAAUUUACCACCAUGUUUGGUUCCUAUUUAUAAGAUGUUUUAAGAAAGAUUUGAAACAGAUUUUCUGAAGAAAGCAGAAGGUCUCUUCCCAUUAUGACUUCGGAAAUCACUUAUGCUGAAGUGAGGUUCAAAAAUGAAUUCAAGUCCUCAGGCAUCAACUCAGCCUCUUCUGCAGCUUCCAAGGAGAGGACUGCCCCUCACAAAAGUAAUACCGGGUUUCCCAAGCUGCUUUGUGCCUCACUGUUGAUACUUUUCCUGCUAUUGGCAAUCUCAUUCUUUAUUGCUUUUGUCAUUUUCUUUCAAAAAUAUUCUCAGCUUCUUGAAAAAAAGACUACAAAAGAGCUGGUUCAUACAACAUUGGAGUGUGUGAAAAAAAAUAUGCCCAUGGAAGAGACAGCCUGGAGCUGUUGCCCAAAGAAUUGGAAGUCAUUUAGUUCCAACUGCUACUUUAUUUCUACUGAAUCAGCAUCUUGGCAAGACAGUGAGAAGGACUGUGCUAGAAUGGAGGCUCACCUGCUGGUGAUAAACACUCAAGAAGAGCAGGAGUUCAUCUUCCAGAAUCUGCAAGAAGAAUCUGCUUAUUUUGUGGGGCUCUCAGAUCCAGAAGGUCAGCGACAUUGGCAAUGGGUUGAUCAGACACCAUACAAUGAAAGUUCCACAUUCUGGCAUCAACAUGAGCCCAGUGAUCCCAAUGAGCGCUGCGUUGUGCUAAAUUUUCGUAAAGUACCCAAAAGAUGGGGCUGGAAUGAUGUUAAUUGUCUUGGUCCUCAAAGGUCAGUUUGUGAGAUGAUGAAGAUCCACUUAUGAACUGAACAUUCUACAUGAACAGGUGAUUGGAUUGGUAUCUGUCAUUGUAGGGAUAGAUAAUAAGCUCUUCUUAUUUAUGUGUAAGGGAGGUUCAUAGAAUUUAGGUGGUCUGUCAACUAUUCUACUUAUGAGAGAAUUGGUCUGUACGUUGACUGAUUCACUUUUUCAUAAAGUGAGCAUUUAUUGAGCAUUUUUUCAUGUGCCAGAACCUGUACUGGAGACCCCCAUUGUGCACACAUGGAGAGAACAUGAGUCUCUCUUAAUUUUUGUCUGGUUGCUAAAGAAUUAUUUACCAAUAAAAUUAUAUGAUGUG